UUCAUCGGCGACACACUCACUCCCUCAGCACCACCACCUCUACACCAUCGCCCCUGUCCGCCAUGCCCUUGCCUCCGCAUCUCCGGGCUCUGGCUCAACGCCGCCCACCCCGCCUCAACGCCAUGGACGUUGAGAAACUCAUCGACCGUCUGGACAAGGAUGAGUUUCAGGUGCGAGCCAUCACGGCGUACCUCGAGCGUGCUGGAGACCAGGUCGCUCCCGACGGCGACAACUCCGUCAAGGAUGAGGCUUGGGAGGGGCUCGCCUCGUCGCUCCGGGACAUUCGCCUUGCGUCCGCCGCCGCCUUGAACAUCCUUGAGAAGCGAGCACAGGCCGCUUCCGAGACUGAGUCCGGCACUGAGUCCGAGACUGAGUCCGAGGCCUCGGGCGCCGAGUCCAGCGCCGCUGGCCACAUGCUUCGUCGUGUGAUGGCUACUACUGGGACCACCGCCUUUACUCGACCCGGCGGCGGCAGUUCUGCUUCGUCUGGUCAAGUUACCGGACCAAAGCCAUCAACGGCCCAUAUUCGUCCUCCGUACUGGCAGCCGGAUGGCAACUUCAAUCGCUCAAGCUUCAACGCAAGCGACGACCCCUUUGUCGACGGCGACAAGUCCUCCUCGCUCGUGCCGGCGCUGCCCCUUUCGCUCCACGGCAGUGCGCCUGUGCCGGCCGCGCCCGGCGCCGCCUCGGCCAAGAGCCCCGUCAUCUUGACGCCGACCUCGGACCCUGAGCGUCGUCAGCUCGUUCUUCAUCCGUCUGAGCAUUUCCUGACCCUGUCGUAUCAUCCAGAGAUAACCGAGCUAACGUGGCCCAGAGUUCCGUACAUUGUCGACGACUCGUCGCCGGCGCCUGCUUCGUCCACUACGGCGACGAACUCGCAGUUGGCGUCGGGAGGCAGCCGCCGCGUGCUGCUUCUGGACCUGCCCCAGGACGCUACGGUCGCGCAGGUUCUUCGCAGCGUGCGCUGCUACGGCGGCGUCAUGAGCGCCACCAUGCUGCCCGUCAUCGCACCCCAGGGAGCAGCAGCAGCGCAGGAGAAGCGAGCCGCGGCGCUGCUCGAGUUCGUCUACACGGCGUCUGCGGCGGGUUUUGUGCAAGUUUUCAACAAGAACAGCCAUCUGGUCACGUUCAAGGACGCAGAUGGCACGGUGCACGUCGCCCGUGCAUGGCUUGCCCCCUCCGACUCGUAUCCCGUCCGUCCGGCAGACCACCGGCUCCUGUCCCGAGGCGCCACGCGGGCGCUGAAGAUGGCGCCCGUGCCGGAGGACACGGUGUGGUCGGUGCUGAGCUUGCUUCCGGUGGCGUAG